AUGAAGCGAUGGAAUAUUGGUUAUGCUACCCAAACACGGAUUCUCACGACUUUGGUAGCUUCAGAGCAAAAGCUCGGUUUGUCUGGUCCAAUGCACCUUGGUGAUAGAGAAAUAACUAAUGGCGCCAAAUAUUGGCAUAGUGACAACGCACUGGGUUGUGGAAUAAGUGGUGACUUGGUGGCCAAUUUUCACUUCACUCUUUUUGCGCUUCAAGGGAAGAGUCCGUCCAGCAUCCACCCAGAUGUAAAAAAAUUAUCAAUAAUCUGGCUAAUGACCAAGAAGCAAUGUUGCUUUUUGAGUCGGAUCUUCCUACCAAAAACCGAAGCAGAAUUCAGCAAACGUCGGGUUGUUCAACCACAAAUAAGGAGCGUAAGCUGGGUUUGGACUGUCGUGACACAAAUAGUUUUAUUGCAAGAGGAAGUGAGUCGACAGAAAAUAAAAAUCAAAUGCUACGGAGCCACAUUGGAGAGUGAUUCAUUUCGCUUGAAAGUGGUGUGCAAGAAAAGGACAAUAUUCACUGGUCCAGAUUUAUAUAAGCACGAUCUAUGGACCAAGUUGGUUGUGGUCAUGAGUGAAUCGCAUAUUCCCAGUACUCUUUUUUUUGCCUACUUACUACGUCGUGUUUCGUCGUUCGACUAUACAUCGUGCUGCCGAGCAAUGGCCAGUCUUUACCCAAGCAAACCCCAAGUACAACGAGUUUCCCGAGCCAAUUGAACUAAAGCUUACUGUAUUGUCGAAGCAAGAAUCGAUAUUCCUUCCAGUAGACAUCAAUUCCAACUAAAUCAUUGCCAGUCUCAAGAAGACCAUCAAGAAAAAAACGCCCCAGAUCUCGAUCUUAUUCUCGCACACAGGCUUUCCCUCUCGAAAGUUUCCAUCCUCAAUGCCUCAAUGAAGAAACAUUCACGUUAAAGAUGUAGAC